GGACACAGCCUGCCCCCGCAUGGUUAAAUAUACUCUCCCUCUCACGGACACACAGGACAUUGCAAAGGGAGCGCGAUGGCGGCGUCGAAACCGCUAAUUAAAGUGGCUGCUAUUUGUGGGUCUCUUCGUAAAGGCUCCUACAACCGAGGCCUCAUUCGUUCCGCAAUCGAGCUAAGCAAGGGAAUCGACGGCCUCCACAUCGACCACAUAGACAUAGCGCCGCUGCCGAUGCUCAACACUGACUUGGAAGUUGAUGGAACAUACCCGCCGGCCGUUGAAGCUUUCCGCCAGAAGGUAAAAGCGGCUGAUAGCAUCCUCUUCGCCUCUCCCGAGUACAACUACUCCGUCACCGGACCUCUGAAGAAUGCGAUUGAUUGGGCAUCUAGACCACCAAAUGUUUGGGCUGAUAAGGCUGCUGCGAUUGUAAGUGCUGGAGGAGGUUUUGGUGGGGGACGGUCACAAUACCACCUUCGCCAGACUGGAGUUUUUUUAGAUCUUCAUUUCAUAAACAAACCUGAGUUUUUCUUGAACGCAUUCCAACCUCCCGCAAAGUUUGACAGCGACGGAAACUUGAUUGAUGCAUCGGCCAAGGCGAUUUUGAAGCAAGUUCUUAUGUCUUUGCAGGCAUAUACAUUGCGCCUUCAAGGCAAGCACUGAAAUACUGUUUGAUUGGGCAUGUACUUUGCUGGCAUUACGGAUUACUGAUUCUGUGUGUUGCAAGAUGGGUAGUUGACAUGCGGAUUGUCUUUUACAUUUGCUUUUUUGUUGCUUGCAGUAGAAGUGAAGCAAGCAAUCAUAUAUCAACUCUCUCUCUCAUGUCAUGUCGGUUUCUUAUGAAUAUUUGUACCAGCUUGGUUUCGCUUCA